AUGAGGAAAUGUCAAGGUUUUGAACCCACGCAGACAGGAUUUAGAUUCUGUUGUAACAACUGCUUGGCUAAGACCAGUUUUAAGCCUGCUUGGUUUAACAGAAAUAGAUAUAGAAAAUGUCCAUGGGCAAAUGAUUACUCAGAGGGAUUUAGGAUCGACAAAGACAGACCUUCAGAGUGUGUAGAGUUCAAAAAGCGUGCAGACCAGAGUCGUGGCAAUGACAUGAGUUUCUCAGAAAACCAGGUUUUGAACCUGCACAGUCCAAGAGAAACAGAUUUUGACUCUGAUGAUCACUUGGCAAAUUCAUCUUUAGCAGGUUUUGAACCCACGCAGACAGAUUUAGAUUCUGUCAUAUCGACUGCUUGGCUAAUACCGGUUGAAUGCACUUGCAAUGAACCCAAUCAAAAGUGA